UCGAACAUAUCAAUUUCCUCGGUAACUUCGAAUAAAUCAAAUUGCCGCUUUGAUAGUAAAAACGUACGAUUGCGCAUGAUGUACGCGCAUUUAAAAAAUGUCGGUGCCCAUAACAUAAAUAUAUAUAAGAUUGCGUGUGUUUGGAUUGUUAUUUUUUGUAGGUUAUUAAGUUUUUAGUUAUCAAUUACAUGAUUAUUUAUUGUUUGAAAUGCCGUUAAUAAUCAUGACCGGUACCCCGUGUAGCGGAAAAACUACAAGGGCUAACGAAUUAAAAAAUUAUUUCGAAACAAGAGGAAAGAAGGUUGAAAUCAUCAGUGAAGAGGAAACUAUUGAUAAAGCAACUUUUAAUAAAAAUAGUUUUUACGCAGAUUCUAAACAAGAAAAAUUAAUCAGAGGGAAUAUCAAAUCAAAUGCACAGAGACUUCUUACACAGUCAGAUGUUUUAAUUAUUGAUGGAAGUAAUUAUAUUAAAGGCUACAGAUAUGAAAUUUAUUGUAUGAGCAAAUUGUAUAAAACUCCGCAAUGUACUGUCCAGUGUGAUUUACCAAUUGAGCAUGCUUGGCUGUGGAAUGAAAAAAGGUCUGAUAACAAACAGUAUUCAAGAGAAAUAUUUGAUGAUUUAAUCUUGAGGUAUGAACCACCUGACAAUAAAAAUCGCUGGGAUUCACCAUUGUUUAUUGUAAAUCCAGAAGAUCAACUUCCUUGUAAAGAAAUUUAUUCUUCACUGUAUGAGGUCAAAGCUCCAAAACCAAACAUGAGUACUCAAUGUCCUCCUUUAUCAGCAACCAAUUAUUUAUAUGAAAUGGACAGAAUAACUCAAGAUAUCAUAAAUGAAAUUGCAUCAGCAAAACAAUUAGGCAUUGAAUAUAAUAUAAAAAUUCCAAAGUAUAAUGUAAUAUUGCUGAAUUCUGCUAGCAUACCACAGUUAACAAGGCUGAGAAGACAAUUCUUAAAUUACAGCAAGAUACAACAAAUCGAAACUGACAAAAUACCGUCGCUAUUUAUAGAGUAUUUGAAUAAAAGUUUGUAAAUAAAAGAUAAUCGUCGUAUUCAUUUCUGAUAUCUUUAAUGAUAAUAUUUAUCAAAAUUUCGAUAUUCUCUUUUUUAAAGAAAUGGAAAUAAUAACAUUUUUACGAAAUUUUCGAUAAAAAAUUAUAUUACUCAUCAUGUUACAAAGAA